GAGGAGCCGCCCGCCCAAGGCCACCUGCGAGGAGGAGGAGGAGGAGACGGGCAGGCAGGCAGGCAGCCGGGGACGGAGGAGGAAGCAGGAAGUUUCGGUGCAGUGUUGAAGUGCCAGGAAGCAGCGGCGCAGGCAGGCCGGCCUUCAGGAGGGCUGCGCGGGACCCUCGACGGGCGGAUGGAGGGCGGCAGCAGCAGCGGCCCCAGGAUGGCCAACGACCAGGUGAAGAACCUCCAGAGUGAGGUUGAGGGUGUCAAGAACAUCAUGACACAGAACGUGGAGCGGAUCCUGGCGAGGGGUGAAAAUCUGGACCACCUGCGUAACAAGACAGAGGACCUGGAAGCAACGUCAGAACACUUCAAGACAACGUCGCAGAAGGUGGCACGCAAGUACUGGUGGAAGAACAUCAAGAUGAUCGCCAUCAUCUGUGUCAUCGUUGCCAUCAUCCUCAUCGUGAUUAUCCUCCUUGCUACCAAUGUCAUUCCAACUUAAGUCUCCCUUCUGCCACUGUGUCUCCUGGGCCCACCCCCUUGUCUCCUGGGCCUCCUUUAGUAGCUGAAAUUUGUAACUGAACCACAAGACACUUGACUGAGUGCUGCAAUCAAGUGGCCUUGGGUGCUCUCCCAGGACAUCCACCUGCCCCCAGUCAGCCAGUCUGCUGUGUGAAUUUGCCUUCCUCGUCCUUCCCCCACUCCCCUUCCUCCCCACAGCUCAGAGCAGUAAGAAUCUGUGCUGCUCCAUGUUAACAGCUUCUCCUGUGGGUGUCCAACGCUCCCUGGGCCUCAUUGACUACAGAUUUCUAGCCCAACAGCUGCUCCUUUCCUUAUGCAGUUCCUGUGUUGCAGUUCCUGUGUUGGUGCCUAGCAGUUGCAGGAUGAUCUUCCUGCUCUCUUCCGCCCCAUUCUGAUUCUGUAAGUGCCUUCACUGCUGCUUCAAAAGCAGGGCUUGGGCCACCACAUCCGUGGCCUUCUCCAUCUCAAGCAGGUGGCAGUAUUGGCAAGAAUACCAAGGAAGAAUCAUAGUUCUGGUUGGCCAAGUGGGUUCUGGAUACUCCCUGUGUGUGGUUCUCAUAUCUUAGAUGCUGUGGGGAUACCACUUGAAUUGUUUUUGUAAUUUGGGGUGGGGGAAAGUGCCUGGGCAUUCUUAUCUCUCAUGGACAAUUCAGAGAGCAGGUGCCUGUGCUUAGAAGAUGUUUUUUAAAAAUAAAAUGAGGGAGGGAGGGUUCCCCCCCACCAAGUGCUCUAAGCUUUGGCUGUUUCCCUCAUUGAUCUAGCCCCUGAUCCCAGGGGAUGGGGAGAAGGGGUGUCUCUCCUGAGGCUGUGGCUACCUGAGCGGCACAGGAGUAAGCUGCCCUGAAGCCUCCCUGCCUCCCUCUCCUCUCCUGUCCCGGCCAGUGCCACCCCCACCUCCCGCCACUCUCUUUGAUUUGCCUUUCAUCUGCUCUUGGCUGCUGACUUUCCUGAUCAAGUUCUUCUGAUUCUUGAGAAAGGAUGUUUCCACCCUUCAUAUUCAGAUUUGCUAGCUGUAAUAAAUAUAAUUUAUGCAUUAUUAGCAGU